CUUUGUGUAUGUUAAGUGAUAAGAUAGUGACACCCGGUCAGUGCUUUUAAUGUAGUGUGUGUGUGUGUGUGUAUAAAGGGUGUGUGAGAGUGAUGCCCGGGCACUAGGGCGCGAGGGUGCAAGCAGGGUACGCAGGAGACCAACAAUAUAGAUGUGUGGGCUUGACCUGUGUGGGUUAGUCGCUCUAGGACCACUGAACAAGCAGUAUGCGCAUGUUCUCUGCUCUUCGACGGUCUUAAUCGAAUCAGAACCGCAAUAGAGACUGCUUGAACGGCCAAGCAUCCGCAGUUUCAAGGAACACCGUACACACUUUCAAAGUCUGAAGGAAAAGCUUUGGAAUAUGGAAUCUCAUCAGUCACUUGUGUUGUGUGCGGUGUACACGAUGUUCCUCAUGUUAGGAGCAGUCCUAUUCAUGUUCCUGGAACAUGAGGAAGUUAACAGUAUAGAAGUGAGCGAGCCACCAGAGUGGGCCCGCCUUAAAGAGCUGGUGCAGCAAGUGGAACCCCCAGUGGACGAGAUGGAGUUACUGAGUCUGGUGUUGUGGCUGCCCAAGGCUUGUCCGGCCGUUUCCAACACCACCAUCCAUGCACUAGUUAAACCAGGAAGGCAGGAUCGUCAGAUCACGGAGGUGGAGCGAGUGUGUCCUCACCUUCACCUGGAGAACGUGACCGUCGAGAUCCGCUACCCAUGGAGCUUCAUCGACGCCCUCACUUUCUCCAUGACUGUCAUCACCACCAUAGAGGAGGAGGUCUCUAGUGACUCUGGGCUUUCCAAGAGAAAUAUGAGGACAGUAAUGAGAACACAACCCCAACUGGACAUCGUAGGCCUGAGGCAGAGCGAAAGUGAUACCAGCCAGUCCAUAUGUCAGCAUUCUGUCAAGGAGAGCUACAUGGCUAUGGCAUGUUCAUCAAACUCAGCAAAUUCAUGGACGCUCUUACCGCCCCCCUUUCAUUGGACGUGCAAAAGCAACAGUCUCGUGGGGUCAUCGCCCUGGCUAACUUCCUCUACAUUGCCUUUGGGCUUCGUUGUGUUCAUCUUCAUCCCCGGAGCAGUGUUCAUGGCCCCGGGGCAGUGGUCCUAUAUUGAAGGCAUCUACUUCGCCUACAUCACCCUCACAACCAUAGGCUUUGGUGACUUCGUAACAGGUCGACAUUUCGAGGGAGGGACGCUGUACGUGUACCAGAUCUGCGUCAUCCUGUGGACCUUGAUCGGGCUGGGUUACUGGGUGAUGGUGGCCAACUUCAUCACCAAGGCCCUUAAGUCGAAGCGGCUACAGACCUCCGUCAUGCGUAGCGCCGAGGAGAUGAGAAAGAUCAUGCAGCAGAUGGGCAUCAAGCAACACGACCCGACGUUUCUCAGGCAGCACUCGAAGGCCACCCUCAAUCUUAUACUUCAGGUAAGCUGGGAGUAGGUAACAAGGAAACUAUUGAAGCUAAGCCAUCGAGUCCAGCACAGAAAACAACGACAGUGAUUAUGAAGACAAUCUGUUCAGGAGAAUCGACGAAUAUUUUACCGGCAGCAAUGUAAGAUUAUACAACAGUUACUGUAUGAA